UUCUGCGUCUGCGCGCAGUUCACUAAAAUCAAGAGACCUCAGAAUACAAACCAUUUUAGUGCAGUGAUCCAGAGGUUAACUCAUAAAAAAUAGAUAUUAUAAAAACCCAAAGGCAGUGGCAUAAGACUAUUGCAAGCCAGAAACUGACCAAAGUGUUUGUGUUUGCAAAUAUUUGCUGCUAAAUAAAAAUUUAAAGCUUAAAGACUGGCAAGCAUUGUAGCAUCUUCGGGCCAUUGAGCAAUUUUCUCGAGGCAUUUUCAAUAAGGAAUAAACAAUUAAUUCAAAAUCAAAGGCAUAAAAGGAAACCAGACACCCAACCACUGGACGCAGAAAAUUAAAUUAUCAUGUCCGCCAGCCCCUCAGCCUGCGAUUGUUUAGUGGGCGUGCCCACUGGACCCACAUUGGCUUCCACCUGCGGCGGCAGUGCCUUCAUGCUGUUCAUGGGCCUUCUGGAAGUUUUCAUCCGCUCCCAAUGCGACCUGGAGGACCCCUGCGGAAGAGCCAGCUCACGGUUUCGUUCGGAGCCGGAUUACGAGUACGAUUUCAUUGUCAUUGGCGGUGGCUCAGCGGGCUCUGUGGUUGCCUCUCGCCUCUCCGAGGUGCCCCAGUGGAAGGUGUUGCUGAUCGAAGCCGGUGGAGAUGAACCAGUGGGCGCCCAGAUUCCUUCCAUGUUCCUGAACUUCAUCGGCAGCGAUAUUGACUAUCGUUACAAUACGGAGCCGGAGCGUAUGGCUUGCUUGUCCUCCAUGGAGCAGCGAUGCUAUUGGCCCCGAGGCAAGGUCCUGGGAGGCACCUCGGUAAUGAACGGCAUGAUGUACAUUCGCGGCAAUCGGGAGGACUACGACGAUUGGGCAGCCCAGGGAAAUCCUGGCUGGGCAUUCAACGACGUCCUGCCGUUCUUUAAAAAGUCUGAGGAUAACCUGGAGCUGGAUGCCGUGGGCACAGAAUACCACGCCAAGGGUGGACUCCUGCCCGUUGGAAAGUUCCCUUACAAUCCCCCACUUUCCUAUGCCAUCCUGAAGGCUGGCGAAGAACUUGGCUUCUCUGUGCAGGAUCUUAAUGGACAGAAUUCCACCGGGUUCAUGAUUGCUCAGAUGACGGCGCGAAAUGGCAUCCGGUAUAGCUCCGCUAGGGCCUUCCUGCGCCCAGCCCGCAUGCGCACCAAUCUCCACAUUCUGCUGAACACCACGGUGACCAAGAUCCUGAUCCACCCGCACACCAAGAAUGUCCUAGGCGUGGAGGUGAGCGAUCAGUUUGGCAGCAUGCGUAAAAUCUUGGUCAAGAAGGAAGUGGUUCUCAGCGCUGGUGCAGUCAACUCUCCGCAGAUUCUGCUUUUGAGUGGCGUCGGGCCAAAGGAUGAACUGCAGCAGGUUAAUGUUCGAACUGUCCACAAUUUACCGGGCGUGGGCAAGAACCUCCACAAUCAUGUGGCCUACUUCACAAACUUCUUUAUUGACGAUGCGGACACGGCACCCUUGAACUGGGCCACGGCCAUGGAGUAUCUACUGUUCCGGGACGGACUCAUGUCAGGCACUGGCAUCUCUGACGUGACUGCCAAACUGUCCACACGCUGGUCGGAUCGACCGGAUCUUCCCGAUCUGCAGCUGUACUUUGGCGGCUAUCUGGCCAGCUGUGCUCGCACCGGUCAGGUGGGUGAGCUGCUUUCAAACAACUCACGAGCCAUACAGAUCUUCCCAGCUGUCCUGAAUCCCCGAUCACGCGGCUACAUAGCCCUGCGUUCAGCAGACCCACUGGAGCCGCCGCGUAUCUUUGCCAACUACCUGACCGACGAGCGGGAUGUGAAGACCCUGGUAGAGGGCAUCAAGUUCGCCAUCAGGCUGUCGCAGACCUCUCCUCUGAAGCAGUACGGCAUGCGGCUGGACAAGACGGUGGUGAAGGGAUGUGAGUCGCAUACGUUUGGCAGCGAUGCCUACUGGGAGUGCGCCGUCAGGCAGAACACCGGACCGGAGAACCACCAGGCGGGCUCCUGCAAAAUGGGUCCCAGCCACGAUCCUAUGGCCGUUGUGAAUCACGAGCUGCGGGUGCAUGGCAUCCGGGGACUGCGCGUUAUGGACACCAGCAUAAUGCCGAAGGUGACGGCCGGCAAUACCCAUGCUCCCGCCGUAAUGAUCGCCGAGCGGGGCGCCUACCUGCUGAAGCGGGCAUGGGGCGCCAAGGUCUGACGCGUGGAUGCGACGUGGACGUUGCAUAGAGUAAUUUAAUCAGAAUCCAAGCAAAUAUGAUUGCGAAUAAAAAUUUAAACGAAAUUACAAUUAAGGCCCCUUGAUUCCAAAAACCUUACAUACCGAUCUAUGUUCUAUUUUUUAACAAUUUUGACCCUAAAUCCAAUCUCACUCUAGGCACACCGCGUUGCGCAAACUCCACUAAUGUCUUCGAUAAGUAAACCUAUAGACUAUUUUAAAACCUACUUCUGUAACCCACUGGCAAUACAGUCGA